AUGUCAAAGAAUCUUUUUGGAGCUGCAAGCAAUCUUGGUAACGCUGCUGGUUCGAGCGGUGGAUCCGGUGGAAUCGGUGCUGUCCACGACGGAAUCGACAGUGGUCUUGGUGUCGCCAGCAAGACCGGAGUCAACACUCAGCCAUUGAGCCAAGCCAACAACAUGGCCAGAAAGUUCACUGGUAGCGGUCAGCAACAAGGUCGUCAAGCCACCAGCAACAAUAUGGAAGAGGAGAAUUUCCAACAAGGUCAACAACAACAAAAGCCAUUCAACCAGGCCAACAACUCCAGCAACCAAUCAGGUAUCAACCAACACCAGUUCAACUAA